UUUUUUUAUUUUUUUGUUGUUGUUGUUGUUUGUUUACCAUUGCAUUAUUGACUUUUGAUAAAGUCGUUAUGGCCAUUACAUAGGUUCUUUGUUUCGACAAUUAUCCCAGCACUUGUAAGAAUGUGAAACGAAACCUUUGAAGUGACUUUUCUCCACACUUUUGAUAAAGUGUCUUCCUGCAAAAGCCUAUGGCGCUUUACCUUACUUUUCGCCACUGCCCAGAACUGUUCUAUUGGGUUAAGCUCAGGAGAGUAAGUAGGAAGAUACACACAUUUAUAUCCUCGAUAUUCAAUAUAUUUCUUUAUGUUCUCAUGCUUAUGAAUGGAUGCAUUAUCCAUCACUAUAUUAGUGUAAGCUUCAAUUUCUUGAACAUAUUAUCGUAUCUCUUUGCUACAUAUCCAGAUUGGCUAAUAAAGAUAAGGUCAAAAAGGUCCCCAUAUACAUUGACGCGAUACCAAUCUUCGUGGUGGAGGCCCUUCAAAGCAUCGCGAUGCCAGAGGUGGUAUCUAAAUAUAGGAAAGAAAAUAUUAACAAUUUUAAAAAGUACAAAGUCAUUUGUAUACUUACAGUUUCUGUACUGCUAACUUUAAGAAAGUUCAGAACCAUCACAAAAUGCGCUAAUAUCUUGAACUGAUCUAUGCAUAUCUUUGUUGUCACAAGUACUGGUUGCCUUUAGAAUCUUGUAUUCAUCAUCUUUUAACAGCAGAGUCAUUGUAAAGCCAAAAUGAUUACAAAUGUUUCUUUAUGAUAGAAUUGAAUCUAUUGGGAAUUGUUGCGG